AUGUUCAAAUCUUCAAAACCUUAUUUCGGCCUUCGAGGUGGAUGGCUAACCUUCUGGAUCACGUUGGCCUGCGGUGCUGACAUGACGCUCUAUGGAUAUGAUCAAGGAGUCUUCAGUGGAGUCGUGAUCUCACAAGACUUUCUUCAGCUACAUGGCCUUGCAGCGUCAUCAAAAGCGUCAUUACUGGGAACAGUCGCUGCCAUUUAUGAUGUCGGUUGCUUUCUGGGAUCUUUGUCUGCUUACUGGCUUGGAGAACGCCUAGGCCGUAGAAAUACGGUGCUGGUAGGCACCAGUGUCAUGACAAUCGGGGCUGUUUUACAAGCCUCGUCCUAUAGCCUGGGUCAUAUGAUGGCUGGUCGUAUCAUUGCAGGCAUUGGUAACGGGCUAAAUACAUCGACUGCACCCAUCUGGCAGGUUGAAACUUCCAAGGUUGAGCUACGAGGUAAAUUGGUCAUCCUAGAGAAUGUCUUGGUACUUGUGGGAUUCUCGCUUGCGAAUUGGCUCAACUACGGUUUUUCGUUCGCAAAUGGACCAGUAUCUUGGCGGUUCCCUCUUUCAUUUCAACUCAUAUUCAACAUAAUCUUAUUUUGCACAGUGCCAUGGCUCCCCGAGUCCCCUAGAUGGCUCGUUGCCCAUGGACGCUCGGACGAAGCUCUGCAAAUAAUUGCUGAUCUCGAAGCAAAGGAAAUCACCGAUCCUUUUGUUCAGCUUCAGUUGAGUCAGAUUCUCUACAGUGUGGAGUACGAGCAAGCAAACAGUAUAAGCUUUGGCGACAUUUUGCGCAGACGAGGCCAUGAGAAGGCAGGCACAAAAACAGUCCGUCGACUUAUACUUGGAAUGGGUGCACAGGCAAUGCAGCAAUUCUCGGGAAUUAACGUCACUUCUUAUUAUUUACCAACAGUAUUGACAAAGUCCGUGGGACUGGACGAAUCUCUAGCGAGGCUUCUCACAGCCUGCAACAGCGUUCAAUAUCUUCUCUUUUCCUUGAUCGGCAUUCCCAACGUGGAGCGAUGGGGACGUCGAAUAUUGUUGAUGUUUGGUGCGGCAGGAAUGUGUUUCUGCUAUAUCUUCAUCACGGCUCUUAUAAGGUACAAUGAGAUGCCCGAAUAUCCCCAUCGACAAGAGGUGGCUUCUGCAUCUGUUGCCUUUUUCUUCUUAUACUAUGUGUUUUUCGGGAUUGGCAUGCAAGGAGUACCAUGGUUGUAUCCGACUGAAAUUAACUCACUCACCAUGCGGACUAAAGGUGCUGCACUAGGAGCUGCUACUAACUGGAUUUUCAAUUUUAUGGUUGUUGAAAUUACUCCAAUCGGGAUUGAAAAUUUGGGCUGGCGCUUUUAUAUUGUUUGGGUUGCCUUGAACGCGGCUAUGAUACCUGUGAUCUAUGUCUUUUAUCCGGAGACAGCCGGUCGCACAUUGGAGGAUAUGGACGACUACUAUCGUGGCAACCCGCCUCUUUUUGCAUGUCUUGACAAGGAGGCGACCUCCAGCAAACGACCCAAGAAAUAUGAAGCCCGAGAUGAACAUAUCAUCCGGGAAAAGGAAGAACCAGCGAUGCAUUUGGAGGUUGCUGAGAAGGUUGAACCUUGA